UUCUUUUUCUUUUCCCUUCAUCAUACCAAGUCAUAAUGUCCGACAAUAAUAAUACACCUUUUUUAGAUUUAUAUGAUCGUUUAGUGAUCAAGUUUGAUGAACGAGAAAAGAAACUAGAUCAAUUAUUGCGUACGGUAGAAAACUUGGCGACCAAGAUGGAAACAAUUAUUACUAACCACGAGCAACUUCAACAACAACAACAACAACAACAACCAGAUUCAGUGACUGUAACUACGAAUAAUGAUAGAGUCAUUGCACCACCAGCACGUGGAGUCGAUGUGGCAGCUUAUAUUAGAGAAGUGGUUGGUCAAUGGCUUGGAACAACGGAUAAUCUUGAAGUAGAUCUUGCCGUCAGUAGAUUGCAUUAUUUGGCCAAACAUGAAUUUAGAUUACUUCAAGCGGAUACUGGCACUCCUGGUUUAUCACGUAUCAAAUGGAGUUCUGUCAGUCCUUCCCAAAAAUUGAUCAGAUACAAAGCCUUUGAAAAAGCUGCUGCCUCAUACAAUCUUCCCGCCGCUCAAUGUAUGGAACACUGGUUAGCUCAUCGCCUCAUUGGACCAAAAUGGCAACAUGCACAUGACAGUGAAGUCAAGACGCUUAAGAAACUGAGACUGUCAGGCAAGGACAUAAAACCAUCAUCAUCGUCAAUAACAGCAGGAGAAACAUCCGCGACACCAUCAUCGAAAGAUGAAUUAUCAAAGUCAAAAGUACUUCAUACAACGACAGCAGACGAAGAAAAAGAAGAAGAAACAACUCCAUCACCAUCAUCAUCACCAUCAUCACCAUCAGGUUAUCAACAGAAGCGUCAACGAAGGUGAUCAAUGCUUACAUAUUAUACCGACCAAACGAA